UUUCUAUUUCGUCCAUCCCGUUUGUCUUUAGCCUCAAGCUCCAACCCUUCCGCCUUCGCCCCUCUCUCUCUCUCUCUCUCUCUCUCUCUAAAACUAUACUGUUUACUUUUGCUCUCUAUAUCUCUCUCCAACUGCUUAUCCACCAGAAAACCGAAGCGUUUUCCAAAUUCUAGCUCUGUUGUACGUAUAUAUUUGUGCUGAAUGUAUUUGCCUAGUGUAGAGAGCACCGCCAUCUCAGAUCCUCCGCUAGAUAGCACAGAAACCAAGGAAACUCCAUCCCUGAUCUGAAUAAACUAAAAACUCUGUGCUAAAGUCAAAUACUUGCCCAUAAAUCACCAGCUUCGUCCAUUCUAUGUCCAUUAUUUUCUAUUUAGCAAAUACCCUUUUCUCUUGACUCGAGGAAGAUCCCAUAUUUACCCCCCAGAAGGUUGUUUACUGCCCUGAUCUCGGUACCCAGUUAGGGGGUGCAUUUCUUGAAUCUUGUUUGCAAUUUGAGGAUUUUGUGCCACUCUUGGUAUCUUUUGAUCUGGGAAGAUUUGGUUUAUUUUGGGUUGGUCUUAGUGCAGUCUGCAAAGGCAACUCUUCGAUCUUUGUUUGUGAGAAAUCUGAUUUAAGCUCAGGUUUUGAAUUUUGGAGUUUUUUUUAUGUUCAAUAGCAAAGAUGCAACCUGAUCAGCGUAAAAAGCCCUCAGUAGAUGUCAACUUUUUCACUGAAUAUGGUGAGGGGAGCAGGUAUAGGAUUGAGGAAGUAAUUGGUAAAGGAAGCUAUGGAGUUGUUUGCUCUGCAUAUGAUACUCAUCUUGGGGAAAAAGUAGCCAUUAAGAAGAUUAAUGAUAUUUUUGAACACGUCUCUGAUGCAACACGCAUUCUUCGUGAGAUUAAACUUCUUAGACUCCUUCGCCACCCAGACAUUGUGGAAAUCAAACACAUCUUAUUGCCUCCAUCCAGAAGGGAAUUCAAAGACAUAUACGUUGUUUUUGAACUCAUGGAAUCUGAUUUGCACCAGGUUAUUAAAGCAAAUGAUGAUUUGACACCAGAACAUUAUCAGUUCUUUCUUUAUCAGCUUCUUCGUGGUUUAAAGUACAUACACACAGCAAAUGUGUUCCACCGUGAUCUAAAACCAAAAAACAUUUUAGCAAAUGCUGAUUGCAAACUCAAGAUAUGUGAUUUUGGUCUUGCGAGAGUGGCCUUUAAUGACACCCCCACUGCUAUAUUUUGGACAGACUAUGUUGCAACAAGAUGGUAUAGGGCUCCUGAAUUAUGUGGCUCCUUUUUCUCUAAGUACACACCUGCAAUAGAUAUAUGGAGCAUUGGUUGCAUAUUUGCUGAACUUUUAACUGGAAAGCCUCUCUUUCCCGGGAAAAAUGUAGUUCAUCAAUUGGACUUGAUGACUGAUAUGUUGGGAACACCAUCUCCAGAAGCCAUAGCCAGGAUAAGAAAUGAGAAAGCUCGUAGAUACUUGAACAGUAUGCGGAGGAAAAGGCCUAUACCUUUCUCUCAAAAGUUUCCAAAUGUAGAUCCCCUUGCGCUUCGCUUGCUAGAAAGAAUGCUAGCAUUUGAUCCCAAGGAUCGCCCUUCAGCUGAAGAGGCUCUUGCAGAUCCAUAUUUCAAGAACUUGGCCAGGGUUGAGAGAGAACCCUCUGCUCAACCUGUUACUAAAAUGGAAUUUGAAUUUGAAAGACGAAGGGUGACAAAGGAAGAUGUUCAAAAGCUAAUAUAUAGAGAGAUUCUUGAAUACCAUCCAAAGAUGUUGAAAGAGUACCUAGAGGGAGCAGAACCCACAGGCUUCAUGUAUCCAAGUGCUGUUGACCAAUUUAAGAAGCAAUUUGCUUACCUUGAGGAGCACCAUGCAAAUGGCGGAUCUAUUGCUCCACCUGAAAGGCAACAUACAUCACUACCUAGGCCAUGUGUAUUGCAUUCUUCUGAUAAUUCAACACAGAGUUCAGAAGAAGUCAUGAAUAAUCUUUCCAAAUUUGGCAUCAAAGAUGUUGAAAAGCUGCAGAUGGAUAGGAUAUCUGCGAUCCCUAUGACAAGAAUGCCUCUCCAAGUUCCCUCAAGUAACCAUGCAGGUGGAGCUGCGAGACCUGGGAAGGUAGGGUUGGCAUUACGGUACGGCAACUGUGGAGCAGCGGCAGCUGCUGGAGAGGCUCUUGAACAGCGCAGGGGGGUUAGAAAUCCAGCCGUUCCAACUCAGGCUGCUGUUUCUAGCUCUUCAUAUCCGAGAAGAAACCCAGGCUGUAAAGAUGAGAGGGGAGAAGGAGUUGAUGGAUCCAACGGGCUGCAGCCAAAGCCUCAGUAUAUGGCAAGGAAAGUGGCUGCAGCUCAAGGAGGAUCUGGAACCCAGUGGUAUUGAUCCCUUUAUCUGUCAUGCUUGCAAGUUCUGGAGUAUCCGGCUGCCCGAGUUCCUUAUUGCCUCUGCUUAUUGCUAAUGACAUCCGAACCUAAUUCUGUCUCUUCAAGUGCAAGUGGAGAUUCGGCAAAGAGCAAUGCGUCGAACUCUUGUUGACAAAUGAGAUAGGUGCAAGCUGUUUCUGGUUCGAAGGCGAGAAGGGUUUGCAUAGAUUGCUUCCCAUGACUGCUCUUCCAACUCCCAAGAGUUGCGAGGAUGUGAAGGUAUGAAGUCAGAAGAAAAUGAGACUGAUAUCCUAACUUAAAUAGUCCUUUCUGUUGUUUCCUUUACAUUCUUUGCAAGCAAAUUGUAAGCUAUGUUGUGUUCCUUGAAAGUAUUUGACUAGAAAUUUAAAUCAGCCCAUCUAAUUUAUAUAGUUGGAAAGGGCCUUUGUUAUCACUCUCCAUUCCUUGUAUCAAUUGUAAUUUAGUAGUCGCACAUGCUGUGCAGCAAUCUCACUUAGUUGUCAAAAAAUUAGCCAAACUAAUACAACUUCUGGCUUGUCUGGGUAUUGUUGAAACCUUGUUUGAGCUUGAAGCUCAAAUUUGAUUUCUGAACUUGGCUUGUUAUCGCGAU